GAAAAUACGCGCGUGGAUAAUCAAUCAAGCUAGUAAAUUAGUUCUGGUGUCGAACAAAGAGUAUUUUUUAUCACAAUCUAAGCCUUUGUUCGUAAAACGUCUUUCUUCACAUUCACCAGGUGCCUUAUUCUUUCCAAUUUAAGAUUUGCGAACCUUUUGUAACACUAGUCGCGACGAUUACUUUGUAAAAGGAAACAUUGAAUAAAGCAGCUUUCUUAACACCGGAAAAAAAUUGAACGCUUUCAUUUUGAAAAGGUCAAAUCUCGCUCGGCAAGCGUGAUUGUAUGGUUGCUGGGCCCCGAUAAACGCUCAAAAGAACUAGACGUAGCGUCGUUAGAAGUAAAAGCCAUUGUUUAGCUCAUAAAACUGAGCCACAUGACUUCAAACUUGUCCAGUAGAGACAGCAAGCGUCUAUAAAUGCCUUGAACUCUUUACGGCGCUAUCUACAAUCCCAGAAUUUGCGCGAAGCCAUAAUCAGCAUCGAUCUCAAUAAAAUCAAAAUGUAAACAACUUCUCGUGGUCGAUUCGCUGCAGCCUCAGCCCAACUCGCCCGGCGUCACAAAAUACACGUGCCUUCGAGUGCGUGUAAUGGGUCACGUGGCCUACUGUAUUGUUUAGUCUGGCACGCGAACGGCUCGCGAGGCAGGUGCAAGAAAUAAACAUAUGUUUUGAGCAAUAUCGUGUGUGGCACGCGCCUCCUUUUUUGUUGGCAAACAAGUAAUUCCUCGAGGGACUCGACACAAAGCUUUGUGUUUCUUUCAUGUAAAAGAAUAAUGCAUUUACAAUGUGUCAAAUGAGCGGCGAAAGGAAAUUGCGCGCUUUGAAUAGAAACAAUAACCACGCAACGGUGAACACCCUUUAAGCUGAGCCUACCGCUGGGCAGGGCCGUAUAUAAAAGGAGAGCGCAUGGACUUCCUUUUCAGUUUUACUCUUUACUCGGGCAGAACGCACAGCUGAGAGACCAGAACACUGAGAAGAUUUGCUGAAAAAAAAAACCAUGGAAGAUAUGUCUAGAGACGACUUCAAAUAUUUGUUCAAAAUUUUAGUAAUCGGAGACGUGGGUGUUGGAAAAACAUCUUUGAUCAGAAGAUUUACCAGAGGAUACUUCGCCGAGAAUAUCACUUCGACAGUCGGCGUCGAUUUGGAUUCAAGGAUUUUGAACAUUCACGGCGACAAGGUGAAACUUCAGUGCUGGGACACAGCCGGACAAGAAAAAUAUCGCUCGAUCACACAGAGCUACUACAGAAAUGCAGAUGCUGUUAUCAUGGUAUUUGACCUUACGAAUCGAGGCUCGUUCGCCAGCAUACCUCAGUGGCUUAUGGAUGUACAGCGUUACACUUCGAAGAACGCGGUCAAAGUUCUCGUCGGGAACAAAACGGACUUGAAAGGCGCUAAGCGCAUGGUAAAUUCUAGAUCUGCUGCGAACCUCGCGGAGUUCGAAGACUUGCUGUACAUUGAAACGUCCGCGAAGUGGGACGAUAACAUUGAAACUCUUUUCACAGAACUAGCUGAACAAUUGCGAGAGAACGCAAAAAGCAAGAGUUUGAACCGCUUCAACAACGGCAACAACAAUAACAGUGUUGCAAAGAAGAGCUUCAGUAUCGUGUCUUACAUCAAACGGUUCGGAGAAAAAUUGCCGAUUCAAAACCCUUCGAUUUUCUGUCGAAUUUAAUGUUUGAAAAUUGAACUUUGUGACAAUUUCAGGGACAAAAGACCGAACAAGGUGUUUUGGUUCUUGCUCUUGCUUUCGUUUAAUAAUGAAUUAUGUAAAAUGAUUAUUUGGCGCUUCGGAGAUCACUUAGAUCAUGUUGAUACAUUUGGCGAAGAUAAUGUCAAAAUUAGAAUUUCAGCUUGGAAUCAAGCUCAAUCAAUCUGCUUCAAAAAUUAAUUAAUGGAAUGUAAAUUGGCGCGGAGCACUCUGUAGAUAUGUAUAUUUUAUAAGAAAAUUAUAUUUGUAAGAUAAGCAGAAGAUGUAAUAUAGAAGUAUGUGUAAAAUAAAAAUCUCUCAGUUAUAUAAAGUUA